UAAUCAAGACUCGGUCAAACUUUAUCAACGGAUUGGAUUCGUCUACGUUAGGUUAAAGCUUCGUUAUUUCUUUGUUUUAGCUACACCUACAUAAUUUGACGUAAAUUUCAUUAUUACAUAUGAAAAUGUCUUAAGGAAGACCGAAAUGUUAUUCCGUGUCUUUCAUUUGUUUAAAAGUGAAACAGCUGGAGGAUGAAUCGUAACUCAAAACACAGAGUUAUCUCAAUAAAGCGGCGAACAGAUUUUUCAAAACAGAGUCAUGGUCAUCGAAUCCGUGAGCUCGAGAGCGCGUGCCCGUUGUAUUUUGAGAGCUAAUGAUGUAUAAACUUGUAUACACUUAAGUUCUUGUGUUAAAGCUACCUAAAGGAUCCAGAAGCAAUGGAGAGUCUACUGGUUGAAGAGUACAAAAAUGAAUUGCUUCAAAAUCUUAACGAGCUCAGAAAAUUCAACAUUCUUUGUGACACAACUAUUCGAACCGAAGGAGACGAUUUUGUGGCCCAUCGAUGUGUUUUGACCGCCGCCAGUCCAUACUUCCGAGCUCUGUUUACUUCUGACUUCAAGGAAAGCGAAAGUAAUUUCGUCGAACUUAAAAACGUUCAAAGUUCCAUACUGAGCGAGGUUCUUCGGUUCAUUUACACUGGGGAAGCUAAAACCGACUCCUCGACAGCCCACGACUUGAUCAAAACGGCCGAAUUUUUAAUGCUACCAUGCCUGAAAUUGAAAGUUUCGACAUUUCUAAAAGGAACGAUCAGCAAAACAAACUGUCUUGCGCUGGAAUCCUUCGCUUCUCAGUUCAAUUGUGAGUCACUAAAGCAAGUUGCAGUAACCUAUAAAAUUGAACAUUUUCUUCCUGCGGUUAAGUCAGAGGACUUUAAGUCUCUGGACUUUGGGAGAGUGAAGGAAUUAAUUUCUUCAGACAAAAUAGCCGCCUCAAAAGAAGAUGUUUACGAAUCAGUUAUUCAGUGGGUCAAGCAUGAUGUUUCAUCGCGAGAAUGCUUGUUACCUGAGCUACUGAAAAGCGUUAGAGCUUUCUCGAUGUCAAAGUAUAGUCUGCGAGAGAUUCUUGAUAAAGAAGAAUUAGUCACGAAGAAUCCUACAUGUAUGAGGCCUGGAUGCCUUUCUAUUCCCAGAUCAAUUCCAAGCUUCACUGCAAAGGCCCCGCUUUUGUCUUAAAACUAAAGAACUGGUGGUAGUUCUCACCGGAGGCUUAAAAUGUCAGUUCACCCUCUAGCCGAACAUGUGCCUUCGUUCUCGACACCAGAAAGUGGUUAGAGCUACCAUGCACGCCCAGCUA